AUGGAUUCAGAUAAUGAUUCAGGCAAUUCGAACGAUGCUCCAGUCCAUCGUCGUCGUACACAAGGUACUCGUCCGCCACCUUCGACCUUACCACGUCUAUCAGUAGGAAAUCAGAACAAAAACAAAACUUCCAACGAUCAAACUUAUCAUCCAAAUGAACAAGAUAGACCAUAUUCUGACGAUGAUGAAGUUGAUGACGAUGAAGAUGAUGAAGAUCAACAUCAAUCAGCAUAUCGUGGUCGCGGUCGACCAUCCCAACAACAAAGUUUAAUGGAUAGUUCAUAUGAUGACGGAAAUGAUCAUCAUAAUUUACCAAGAUAUACAGGUCCUUUACGAGAACAAGAUCGAUUCUUACCAAUUGCAAAUAUUGCUAAAAUCAUGAAAAAAGGUGUUCCAGACAAAGGUAAAAUCGCCAAAGAUGCCAAAGAAACCAUUCAAGAAUGUGUUUCGGAAUUUAUUUCAUUUAUUACAAGCGAAGCAUCAGAUCGAUGUCUUCAAGAAAAACGUAAAACUAUCAAUGGUGAAGAUAUUCUCUUAGCUAUGGUUACACUUGGCUUUGAUUCGUACGUUGAACCAUUACGAACAUUUCUAACAAAAGUACGUGACGCAUCGAAAUACGAUCGAACGAUUACAAUGGGUGCCGACAUUUCGGAUGAAAUACAUUUACAAACUCCACAACCAACAACAAAUUCUGCACAAGUUCAACCACAGACGAAUUCCAAUGGACUUGAACCUUACGGAAACUCCGUUCGUGUCGUCACUUGUAUUCGAAACGAUCAACCAGGCGAAAACCCGAACUAUGUCUAUACAAUUCAACCAUAUCAAUAA